GCCGCAUUGCAAAUAUCAUUGUAGAAAGGUCUGUAAAUGGGUAUUCAUCCAUAUCAUCACUGGAAUUAUGGGAAGAUUCAAACUUCCAUGAGUACAUAUUACAAACUGAACAAUGCACUUCGAUAUUAAAAACAUAUUGUGAUAUCAAGGGGGAUUCAAUGAUUGUGCAUUUUUCAAAGGCAGGGAAAAAGCAAUGGGUCGAAUAUUUACUUCCGAAUUCAGAAAAAAGACAAAGAUACAGAUCACUUAAUGCCGCUUGCUCUAAAAAUCAACCCGACAUUGUAAAUCUCAUUUUAUCAUCAGGUGUGGAAUGUGAUCUUCAAACUAGUUUUUAUGCUGUACAAAGUGGCAAUAUAGAGUUAUUGCUACGUGUGUGCGAGUUUGUUAAUCUUCAUCAAACUUCAUAUUCUUUGCAUCCUAUCUGGAGUUGUUUAAACCAUAGCUUACUUCAGGAAAUCUGUCUUAUGCAACAAACACAAUUAAUUGGACAGGUUGUGGCAAAAUAUCCAUUCCUUGUACAUAUUAAAAACAACCAAGGCGCCAAUGCAUUACAAUAUGCAGCAAGUUCUGGAGAUAAAAAUGCAUUUAUUCAUCUGUUAAAGUAUGGUUGUGAUCCAUAUGAAAAAGAUCAAGACAAUGGCCACACGGUUCUUACUUGUGCUUGUCAGGAUGGUAGGAUAGACAUGGUGAAAUAUCUUGUUGAUAAAUAUCCUGCAUUACUCAAGGAGCACACAGAUGUUCAUGGUAAAAGUCUUUUGUAUUGGGCAGCUUUCAGUGGAAAAAUAGAUAUGUUUGAAUACAUGCUUCAUCUCCUUCAGAAUGAAAAUAUACAUCUUUCAAGUGACAUAAAACAUAUGGUAUCUGCAAAAGAUAAUUCAGGUCAAUCUAUGUUGCAUGCUGCAUGUAGCAAUGGUCAUUUUGAUAUGUGUGGGUAUCUCUUGAAAAGAUACCCAGAAUUACUGAAUGCUACAGACAAUGACGGUGAAAAUGCUUUCCACUACACAGCUCGAGGAGGGAACGUAGAUCUUUUGAAGUUUCUCUCAAGUAAAGGAUUAAAUGUUAACUGUACAACAAAUACCGGGAAGACUGUGUUACACGUGAGUUGUGCUGGGGGUAGAGAGGAAAUGUGUAGGUAUCUGGUAAAUAUGUAUCCAAGUUUAAUAUCUGUUAGAAACAAUAAGGGAUUGACAGUAUUACAUUCAGCUUGCAGAGGAGGGAGUGUAGAAAUUGUGUCUUUUCUUAAAGAAAAAGGAAUGGACAUUAAUACCUUGUCAAAUGAUGGUAAAAGUAUUCUGCAUAUAGCAUGUCUCAAUGGGAAGUUUGAAGUUUGUGUGUACUUAGUUGAGAAUCAUCCCCAUCUUUUAAACGUCAAAGACAAGUCUGGUAAUACAGUGUUGCAUGCUGCAGCCUGGGGAGGCAAUGUUCAAAUAGUAAAACUAUUGAUUGAGAAAAACAUGGACAUCAAUGCCCUACGGGAAGAUGGUGAAACAAUUUUACAUCUGUGCUGUCGUUCUGGUAAAUUAGAGGUGUGUGAGUAUUUGAUCAAUCAUUUUUCAGAUUUAUUGAAGAUAAAGAACACUAAAGGGUGGACAGUGUUUCAUUCAGCUUGCUAUGGUGGAAAUGUAGAAAUUGUGAUUUUUCUGAUAGAAAAAGGAAUGAAUAUUAAUACCUUGUCAAAUAAUGGUCAAACUAUCUUGCAUAUAGCUUGUCUUAAUGGGAAGGUUGAAGUUUGUGAGUACUUAAUUGAGAAUUACCCCCAGCUAUUGGAUGUCAAAGACAAAUCUAGCAACACAGUGUUGCAUGACGCAGCCCGGGGAGGUAAUGUUCAAAUAGUAAAACUAUUGAUUGAGAAAAAGAUGGACAUCAAUGCCCUACAGGGAGACGGUGAAACAAUUUUACAUCAAUGCUGUCGUUCUGGUAAAAUGGAGAUGUGUGAGUAUUUGGUUGAACAUUUCUCAGAUUUAUUGGAGAUAAGGGACAAUGACGGAUUGACAGUGUUACAUUCAGCUAGCAGUGGGAGAAGUCUAGAAAUUGUUUCUUUUCUUAUAGAAAAUGGAAUGGACAUAAAUACUUUGUCAAAUGAUGGUGAAAGUAUCCUGCAGAUAGCCUGUCUGAAUGGCAAAUUUGAAGUUUGUGAGUAUUUAAUUGAGAAUUAUCCCCAUCUAUUAGACGUCAAAGACAAAUUUAGAAACACAGUAUUGCAUGACGCAGCCUGUGGAGGCAAUGUUCAAAUAGUAAAACUACUGAUUGAGAAAAACAUGGACAUAAAUAGCAAACAGGAAGAUGGUGAAACAAUUUUACAUCAGUGCUGUCGUUCUGGUAAAAUGGAGAUGUGUGAACAUUUGGUCAAUCAUUUUCCAGAGUUAUUGGAGAUAAGGGACAAUGACGGAUGGACAGCGUUACAUUCAGCUUGCAAGGGAGGAAGUGUUGAAAUUGUUUCUUUUCUUAUAGGAAAAAGAAUGGACACCAAUGCCUUGUCAAAUGUUGGUGAAAGUAUAUUACACAUUGCUUGUCUGGAUAGUAAUUAUGAUGUUUGUGGGUAUUUAUCAACAAAUCACCCAGCCUUAUUAGCAGUAAGAGAUGAUCAAGGUAAAUCAGUGAUAGAUAUUGCGUCUGAACAAGGUGACAUAGACCUGAUUCAUAUUCUGAGAGAACGCCGCCAUUAAGGGACCUUCUUAAUUCUUCAUCAGUUCUGUAUUUGUAUGGCAGAAAUGCUGAGAAACAUUCAUAUAGAAAGUCUUCCCUAAAAUGUGAUAGAUAAAAACGGUUUAAAUUACUUACACUUACAUUGAAAUGUGAUUUUCCCCUAGUAUCCAUGCAUGAAAAGAAAGAAGAAAAUCAUAAACGAAGAAAGCGAACAGUGAUUUACCUUAGAAUCCAUUAAACUAAAAUAGAGAACAUUUCAGGAACAAAAAUACCCGAAAUAUCCAAAGGUAAGAUCAAAUGUCUAGGUAAAUGAACAGUUUCAAAUAUUGAAAAUUUUUAUGUAGUUUUAUCUUUACACUCAAGGAACGCUUGCAUUUUUUUUUCAUGCAAAACUGUACUACUUUAGAUCCAAAGAGCCUUAUUAGAUUUUUCACGAAGUUUCAUUUGAUCAACGUUUAUUAUCUUUACCUUUUCAUAUAUUACUCUGUUUUAUGUACAACAUAGAUCUUUUUUAUGCAAAUAUGUAUGGGACUGGAAUUGUAAAAUGUUCGCAGGUUCUUCAAAUGAUUCAGUACCAGAUCUGUCAUCAUUAUGCUUUUUAAGAGAAUUCAAAAUUAUGCAGACUUGAAAAAUGUUAUGAAAAUAAAGUUCCCCUGCUUUAAAAAAAUGUUUUGUAACAAAUGAUUGAAAAAUUAUCUGUAAAAAAACAUAUUCUUGCAAAUAUUCUUUUACUUAUUUUGCCCUACAGUUUUUGAAUGCUAUUAACUAAGAUUUCAUUUGUUUAUAUAAACAAGAAAGUUAAAAUAAAUUGAUUUUACAUUUAUAUCUCAAAAGAUAUGUCAAAAUCAUUUAGAGCUAAAUUAUUGUUGUAUAUUCAAAUACUUUAUUUAGAAGAUAGAAUGUGAAGAGUG